GCUGGGCAGCCCCGCAGCCCCGGCGGGCGGACGGAGCCGGAGCCGCUGCGGCAGCGCCGGAGCCCCGAGCCCGCAGCAUCCUCCCUGACCCAAGAUGACGACGGCCACGCCACUGACCAAUAACACUCAGCUCUCAGUGAAUGUGACCACAAAGUCCCAGGAACACAAUCUCUAUCAAAGCUCUGGAGCAAUAGUUGCUGCCAUCGUGGUGGGGGUGAUUGUUAUUUUCACAGUGGUUCUGCUCAUCCUGAAAACAUACAACAGGCGCAUGCGAGUGCGGCGGGAGCUGGAACCCAAGGGCUCCAAGCUGGCAGUGCCACCUCCUGUGGGGCACAGCAGCCACAGCCUGGCCCAGCAGCCCUCGGUGACCUUCAUCCCUGUGGACAUCCACCUGCAGAGCAGGUAA